AGGGCGUGACCAGUUUGCCUUUUAUAACCAGAGUUGGAAUAAAUACUUGCUGUUGACCAGACUGCGAAGAUAGCAUUUUGGAAUGCACAGAACCCAAUCAUCUGAAGCCAUGAUUUUUCUUUCAGGGCUUGCUGGCAUUCUGCUGGUGCUAACAGCCGAGGCCAAAGUUGGAAAGUCAUCUCAGGGGAAAUAUUGUUCUGAGACAGAAGAAUGCCUGUUGUUUGAUCUGAUUUGUGAAACUGACUCAUAUGAGCUCCGGCACUACAGCUCAGUGAAAUGGGUUUCCACCAACGAGACGGGCUAUAUCAUGGACUUUGCACUAAUGAGAGCAUUCAAACGGCUGUUUGGAUACAUCACUGGUCAAAACAUGCAGGGAAAAAAAAUUGAAAUGACAGCUCCUGUUGUUGUGAAAGUGAUCGAUCAGAAAAGCUUCUGGGAAGAACGUGUCUUCAGAAUGAGUUUCUUGCUGCCAAGUGAACAUCAGAUGACUCCCCCUAAACCUACUGAUGAUAAAGUGUUCAUCCAAGAAUGGCCAGAGAUGAAAGUGUACGUGAAGAGCUACGGAGGAUGGAUGACAAGUUUGUCUGACAAAAUGAAGGCCAGUAGUCUCUGCUCUUCACUUGACUCGGCUGGUUCGCAGUACAACAAAGAGUAUCACUAUGCUGUUGGCUAUGACAGUCCAAUGAAGUUGUUUAACAGGCACAAUGAGGUGUGGCUCGUCGCUGAGGGUGAUCCUGAAUGCUCCUCCAGCAGUGAGGAAGAGUAUUCUUUUUUCAAUUGAAUAUUUUCAGUCCCGUGCGAUGACAGUUUCCAGUAGUGAGUGGAUCAGAAGAUAUGUCAUAGCUAGCUUACUUCAGGUCUCAUCGUAAGUGUCAUAAACAUAAAGUUCCAGUGAGAUCACAGAGUUAUAAUGUUUUUUCUUAAUGUGAAUAAACUGAAUACACCAAGUGCUAUCUCUGACUAUGGGUUUAGACGGGCUUGUCUGAUGGUUUUUCUUAUAUAAUCAAUAAAUGUUACCCCUUUGCAUUGA